AUGGCGGUAUAUAGAAAUUUAGUUAAACUUUCCAGAAAUUGUAGUAAUUGGACAUUCAAAGAAUACAGACCUUCAUCGUUGUCAACCCAGUUUUGUAUGGAUUAUAAUGACUUCUAUCCACGGCUAAUAGACAAGACUUUAGAACGAAUUAAAUAUUUGGACCAUUUGGUUGUGGAAGAUUGUUUGAAUAGAGUUUCCAAGUAUUAUAAAAGAUUUCCCCUUGAAGGUGAAUUUUUGGUCUAUGCCUACGAAAUGCUAGAAUCUCCUAAGGUGAUAAACGAUGAGACGUUGCAUUUAGUGUACAGCGUUGCAUGUGCUGUAGAAAUGACUCAAACAUAUUUUUACUUGCAAGACGACGUAUAUGACAAAAGCUUGACGCGAUCGGGAAAAAAAUGUUGGCAUUUGCUACGUGAUGCUAGCCGAUUAGCUAUGAACGACUGCAGUAUUCUUAGAAGCCUCAGCAACGAGGUCUUGAAACAGACCGUCGAGGAGCCAAUGUACGGGCCUAUUAUGGAUGUCUUUAACGAGUGCUACCUUUCUACCGAAAUAGGACAGCAUAUUGAUUUGACGGCCGCCAUAACAAAAGGUUAUGACCAUUUCACAAUGAAGAACUAUCGAAAGAUGGCCUAUUAUAAAGCAUCGUUUUUCAGCAUGAUAUAUCCAAUAUGGACGGCUUUAGUUCUGAGUAAUAAAGGAAAUGAGAAGACUUAUCAACUCGUAACAGAUAUGUGUCAUGACUUGGGUAUGCUGGUGCAGAUACAUAAUGAUUUCACAGAAUAUUUGGACUACGAUGAGUCUAUGUCAAAGAAAAGUAAAACUGAUAUUCAAAUAGGAAAAUUUACAUGGAAUGCCGUUGUAGCGAUUGAAAAUUUUAAUACGGAAGAUAGGAAGAUUUUCGAGCAAUGUUAUGGCAGCCCAGAUCCGGAGAAAAUAGAGCAAGGCAAGCCCGCUUUGCCCAGUUUUCGG